AGUAGAGUGUUGGAGGCUAUUUUGUAAAUGACAUCGCCGAAGUCAAGGAUCGGUAGGAUAGUCAGUUUACCUAGGGUAUGUUUGGCAGCAUGAGUAAAGGAUGUUUGUUACGAAAUAGUAAGCCAAUACUAGAUUUACUUUUGUUUAAUGUUGAGUCUGGGAGAAGAGUUUACAGUCUAACCAGACACCUAGGUAUUUGUAGUUGUCCACAUAUUCAACCACUGGGUUAGUUAGGUGACCUGGGUUAGGUCAGACAUGUUGACCCCUCUGGGUCCCCAGGACCAGGAACCACUGGGUUAGUUAGGUGACCUGGGUUAGGUCAGACAUGUUGACCCCUCUGGGUCCCCAGGACCAGGAACCACUGGGUUAGUUAGGUGACCUGGGUCUAGAAGGCCCCUCUGAUGGUUUAGAAACAGACAGUAGGGAUGUUAUAAGGUUUAUAUGUCUCAUGUUUGCUCACUUCAAUAGUGUCUUUGGUUAUUCUCAGAGGAACUGAGAGGAAUGUCAUCAAUACUAUUAUAAAUCUGUAUGUUAUUAUGUUGUCGUAUUCUAGGACAUGACCUCUCCUGCCCUUCGCCCUGUCGUAUUCCAGGAGAUGACCUCUCCUGCCCUUCGCCCUGUCGUAUUCCAGGACAUGACCUCUCCUGCCCUUCGCCCUGUCGUAUUCCAGGACAUGACCUCUCCUGCCCUUCGCCCUGUCGUAUUCCAGUACAUGACCUCUCCUUCCCUUCGCCCUGUCGUAUUCCAGUACAUGACCUCUCUUUCCCUUCGCCCUGUCGUAUUCCAGGACAUGACCUCUCCUGCCCUUCGCCCUGUCGUAUUCCAGGACAUGACCUCUCCUGCCCUUCGCCCUGUUGUAUUCCAGGACAUGACCUCUCCUGCCCUUCGCCCUGUCGUAUUCCAGGACAUGACCUCUCCUGCCCUUCGCCCUGUCGUAUUCCAGGACAUGACCUCUCCUGCCCUUCGCCCUGUCGAAUUCCAGGACAUGACCUCUCCUGCCCUUCGCCCUGUCGUAUUCCAGGACAUGACCUCUCCUGCCCUUCGCCCUGUCGUAUUCCAGUACAUGACCUCUCCUGCCCUUCGCCCUGUCGUAUUCCAGUACAUGACCUCUCCUGCCCUUCACCCUGUCGUAUUCCAGGACAUGACCUCUCCUGCCCUUCGCCCUGUCGUAUUCCAGGACAUGACCUCACUUGCCCUUCGCCCUGUCGUAUUCCAGGAAAUUGACCUGUCCUGCCCUUCGCCCUGUCGUAUUCCAGGACAUGACCUCUCCUGCCCUUCACCCUGUCGUAUUCCAGGACAUGACCUCUCCUGCCCUUCGCCCUGUCGUAUUCCAGGACAUGACCUCUCCUGCCCUUCGCCCUGUCGAAUUCCAGGACAUGACCUCUCCUGCCCUUUGCCCUGUCGUAUUCCAGGACAUGACCUCUCCUGCCCUUCGCCCUGUCCUAUUCCAGUACAUGACCUCUCCUGCCCUUCGCCCCUCUGAUGUCCUUUAUUGUGACAGUGACCCCCCGACCUCACACUGCGGUGUUUUAUAGCAUCUGGGCAGUGUUCCCAGUUGGCUUGCUGUUGUGACCUCACGCUGCUGUGUUUUAUAGCACAGUGACCACAGUGACCACAUGACCCUGACACAGUGACCCCCCCCCCGACCUCAGACUUCUGUGUUUACACAGACAGUAUUGUAACACGGAUGUAACAUUAAAACACAUAGGCCUAUGUAACAUGGUAACAUGUAUGUAACAUGUAUGUGCUCUGCUGUAGGAGCACACUAUCCUGUAGUAUUCUGAGCCCCCCCAACCCCCCCCUCCGCACCUCCAGAUUCAGAAAUGGCACCCUAUUCCCAAUAUAGUGCAGUACUUUCUUUUGAUAUGCGGGAGACCCCUGAGUUAGAAUCGCCGCCUGUCGUAGAACCCUCGCUCUGUUGCUAUGGCGAUGCCCUAAAUAAGCUAGGGUACCAAAACCCCGCCCCUCCUUCCCUCCACUGCUCUCUAGAAUAGAUACCUCGUCUCCUCUGUCACGUCUUGUUGUUUCUUCUCCUCUCCGUCGUUAAACCGGCGUUCCUGAUUCAUGUGGUUAAUAUGUUGUUGUUGUUGUUGUUGUUGUGAUUCCGAUUUGUUGUUAUUAUUCUAUUUCAGCAUCGCUCUUUAAACCAUGAGUCAGUUUGUGAAUGAACUGGCUGACAACAACUGACCAAUCACGCGUCAGACUAGGAGACGUACGCAGACCAAUCACACGUCAGACUAGGAGACGUACGCUGACCAAUCACACUUCAGAAUAGGAGCCGUACGCUGACCAAGCACACGUCAGACUAGGAGACGUACGCUGACCAAUCACGCGUCAGACUAGGAGACGUACGCUGACCAAUCACGCGUCAGAAUAGGAGACGUACGCUGACCAAUCACGCGUCAGAAUAGGAGACGGUUGAUCACCAGUUUGGGUAUAGAUAGCUCUUAAUGCUGCAGUCUGUAAUUUAGCUCGCCCCCUUGUGGCCACAGGACGAAAUGCACAAACAAUCAACACUCAAAACUAAACAUAUUAAGCCAAUCGAUGUAUAGACUCGUGAGGAACCUCUGUUUACAAACAAUGGUUGGUUUCAGAGUGUCAGUAGGGAGCAGGACUACCAGAGUGUUCUACUGCCACAGACCGACUGGUGUUCUCCAGCCCUUAUAACGGACGGUUAUUACACUUCAUAGACAGGUCAUAGACAGGUCAUAGACAGGUCAUAGAUCGUUAAUAUACAGACCAUAGAGGUGUCAUAGACAGGUCAUAGAGGUGUCAUACACCGUUAAUAGACAGACCAUAGAGGUGUCAUAGACUGUUCAUAGACAGGUCAUAGAGAGGUUAUAGACAGAUCAUAGACAGGUCAUAGAGGUGUCAUAGACUGUUCAUAGACAGGUCAUAGACUGUUCAUAGACAGGUCAUAGAUGUGUCAUAGACAAGUCAUAGACAGGCCAUAGAGGUGUCAUAGACAGGUCAUAGACAGGUCAUAGAGGUGUCAUAGAUAGGUCAUAGAGGUGUCAUAGACUGUUCAUAGACAGGUCAUAGAGGUGUCAUAGAUAGGUUAUAGAGGUGUCAUAGACAGGUCAUAGAGGUGUCAUCGAUAGAGCUACCAUACAUUUGUCAGAUCUGUAUUAUGUAUCUCAUAGAUCAGCCAUGUUUUAGAGCAUAUAGACAGGUUAACAUGUUACAGAACUAUAAAAGACUCGUUAUGAACAGGUAAUAACUGGUCUACGGCACUGAGAGUCUGUUUAAUAAGGGUAGUCGCCAGUCUCUACUGCCACAACACCACAUCUGUUAUACCAUGACAUAAGUAUGUUAUAAACAUGUUAUAGGUGUUUAAUAAGGGUAGUCGCCAGUCUCUCUACUGCCACAACACCACACCUGUUAUACCAUGACAUAAGUAUGUUAUAAACAUGUUAUGGAUGUUUAAUAAGGGUAGUCGCCAGUCUCUCUACUGCCACAACACCACAUCUGUUAUACCAUGACAUAAGUAUGUUAUAAACAUGUUAUAGAUGUUUAAUAAGGGUAGUCGCCAGUCUCUCUACUGCCACAACACCACACCUGUUAUACCAUGACAUAAGUAUGUUAUAAACAUGUUAUAGAUGCUUAAUAAGGGUAGUCACCAGUCUCUCUACUGCCACAACACCACACCUGUUAUACCAUGACAUAAGUAUGUUAUAAACAUGUUAUAGAUGCUUAAUAAGGGUAGUCGCCAGUCUCUCUACUGCCACAACACCACACCUGUUAUACCAUGACAUAAGUAUGUUAUAAACAUGUUAUAGAUGUUUAAUAAGGGUAGUCGCCAGUCUCUCUACUGCCACAACACCACACCUGUUAUACCAUGACAUAAGUAUGUUAUAAACAUAGUAUAGAUGCUUAAUAAGGGUAGUCGCCAGUCUCUCUACUGCCACAACACCACAUCUGUUAUACCAUGACAUAAGUAUGUUAUAAACAUAGUAUAGAUGCUUAAUAAGGGUAGUCGCCAGUCUCUCUACUGCCACAACACCACACCUGUUAUACCAUGACAUAAGUAUGUUAUAAACAUAGUAUAGAUGCUUAAUAAGGGUAGUCGCCAGUCUCUCUACUGCCACAACACCACACCUGUUAUACCAUGACAUAGUAUAGAUGCUUAAUAAGGGUAGUCGCCAGUCUCUCUACUGCCACAACACCACACCUGUUAUACCAUGACAUAAGUAUGUUAUAAACAUAGUAUAGAUGUUUAAUAAGGGUAGUCGCCAGUCUCUCUACUGCCACAACACCACACCUGUUAUACCAUGACAUAGUAUAGAUGCUUAAUAAGGGUAGUCGCCAGUCUCUACUGCCACAACACCACAUCUGUUAUACCAUGACAUAAGUAUGUUAUAAACAUGUUAUAGAUGCUUAAUAAGGGUAGUCGCCAGUCUCUCUACUGCCACAACACCACACCUGUUAUACCAUGACAUAAGUAUGUUAUAAACAUAGUAUAGAUGCUUAAUAAGGGUAGUCGCCAGUCUCUCUACUGCCACAACACCACAUCUGUUAUACCAUGACAUAAGUAUGUUAUAAACAUAGUAUAGAUGCUUAAUAAGGGUAGUCGCCAGUCUCUCUACUGCCACAACACCACAUCUGUUAUACCAUGACAUAAGUAUGUUAUAAACAUAGUAUAGAUGCUUAAUAAGGGUAGUCACCAGUCUCUCUACUGCCACAACACCACACCUGUUAUACCAUGACAUGGUAUAGGUGCUUAAUAAGGGUAGUCGCCAGUCUCUCUACUGCCACAACACCACAUCUGUUAUACCAUGACAUAGUAUAGAUGCUUAAUAAGGGUAGUCGCCAGUCUCUCUACUGCCACAACACCACACCUGUUAUACCAUGACAUGUUAUAGAUGCUUAAUAAGGGUAGUCGCCAGUCUCUCUACUGCCACAACACCACAUCUGUUAUACCAUGACAUCACUGCCUCAGACGUUGCCAUGGAUGUGUUUUCUAAUGUAAAUAAGUCACUCCCACUUUCUACACCACCCAUGGGCCUUUAUAAACCCUCUUCAUAGGAGCUCUAUAACAGCCUGCAUUACUACUCCAUACGUAGUGGUUAUAAGUGUUUAUAAUGCUAUAAGUGUUUCUGUGGAGCUGGCCAUUGGGCUGGACUACCAUCUACAGAGAGCAGGGUUUUGUUUCCACCAAGCAGUAUCACACCUGAUGAUUCUACUUGUCAAAAUCUUUGAUUUAAUAUUACUGUGAUGAUGAUGAUGAUGUGUUUUCUAUGUGUCUGUCAUUUUAAUAACAAGCUUUUAUAUCAGUGAGA